CUUGUUUCCUUUUAGGCCUUCUAUGACACAUCGGCGCCUUUUAAACCUUGCCUUUUCCUGGAGUCUUGUUUUAAAUCCUGCGACAUGUGGUGCUUUGAUCUCUACCCCGCCGAGUUCUCUUCUGUUUCUGUACUUGACUUUCUUGGCUGCUAUUGGGGACUUCAUGUGAAUGUUCGAUAGAGUCCUCGAUGUGGUACCUGGAAGUCAACGGUCCUGGUCUAGAGCAGCGUGUUUUUUUCUCCUAACCUAUCCCAUAUCAGCACCGGGCAAUGGCUGAUAACACGCCAAUUGACAUCAUCCACUCGGAAGACUAUGAUGGGACACCAGGCCUAGAUCCACUGUCUCUAGAUCAGCAACAAGAUUUGACUCCCAAAGACGCAGAGACCAAAGACGAACAGCAUAUUCUUCCAGACGGCGGCUAUGGUUGGGUUUGUGUCGCGUGCGUCUUCUGGAUCAAUGCGCACACGUGGGGAAUCAACAGCAGCUAUGGUGUCUUCCUCUCCUACUAUCUCUCCCAUCAUGUGUUCCCCAACGGUUCUGCGUUGGCCUACGCUUUUACUGGCGGCCUGAGCAUCUCCUGCGCUCUUCUGGUAGCUCCUCUAGCAACAUCUCUCAUCCACCUUUCCGGAACCCGUCUGGUCCUGAACCUCGGGGUCUUCUUUGAAACCGUCUCCCUAAUUGGGUCCUCUUUCGCCACAGAGCUUUGGCACAUUUUUCUCAGCCAAGGCGUCUGCUUCGGAUGGGGCAUGGGCUUCCUCUUUGUUGGGAGCGUAGGCAUUACCCCUCAAUGGUUUCACCGCCGCCGCAGUCUAGCAAUGGGCAUCAAUGCAGCCGGCUCGGGAAUCGGAGGCCUAAUCUACUCCCUCGCAGUCGGCGCCAUAAUCCCCAGACUAGGCCUAAGCUGGGCCUUCCGAAUCCUCGGAAUCAUUGCCUGCGUCGUCAACCUAGUAUGCGCCAAUCUACUAAGAGACCGGAACAAAGACAUCGGAAGCCGCCACCACGCAUUCGCCCUACCCCUACUCAAGCGCCCUGAAUUCCUCCUCUUCCUUGGCUGGGGAAUCUUCAGUAUGCUAGGCUACGUUGCCCUCCUAUUCAGCGUCGCCAACUUCGCCCUCUCCGUCGGACUCUCCCCCCACCAAGGCAGCGUCGUCAGUGCCCUGCUCAAUCUCGGCCAAGGCCUAGGACGACCCAUCGUAGGCAUGUUCAGCGAUAAACUCGGCCGAAUCAACAUUGCCACCUUCCUCACCUUCCUCUGUGGCUUAUUCUGCCUAGUGAUCUGGACCUUCGCCCGCAGUAUGGGGGUAGUCUCCUUCUUCGCCAUCCUCGUCGGCACAGUCGCAGGCACCUACUGGGCAACAGUAACCCCCGUCCUGGCCGAGAUUAUCGGUCUGCGAGACCUUCCCAGCGGCCUUAGCAUCACCUGGCUCGUUUUGGUACCCCCGACGACCGUGUCCGAGGCCAUUGCUCUUGUGCUGCGGGAUAACGGCUCAUAUCUAAAAGUCCAGAUCUUCACGGGGUUCAUGUAUAUAGGUGGUGCGGUGUGUUUGUGGCUCGUGCGGGGAUGGAAGAUUGGGGAACUUGUGCGGGCCGAGAAGAGAGUUACGUCGACGUCUGCUGGUGUGAUGGUUCCUGGUGGGAAGAAAGAGGAGGUAUCUGCGCAACCGGGUGAGAAGUAUGAGGCCCCGGUUGGGAUACCCGCACCAGAGGCGAAGGAGAGUGAGUUGUGGUCGCCGAUUCAUUUGCUACGUGGGAUGGUGGCGUUGAGGAGGGUUUAGUCUGAAAAGAAAAAGAAAAAGACGAAAGAACAGAACACCAAAGACUAGACUAGACAUGAGAUGGAUGUCUAGAUUAUUGCUAUUCUAGAAUAGAAUUGCAUUGGUCAAGAAUAAUACAUACAGACAGACAGACAGACAGAGACAUGGAUCCUACAUGAGCACCGCUAGACGCCUUAUAGUCGUGGUGGAGGUUGCAUACCCAAUA